UUUUUACGAGUGCAUAGAUUUUUCAAAAUAAAAUCUGGCAGCUCUGCAUCGCAUCUCUCGCAAAAAAUUGUUUACAGCUGCUACUUCAUUCAUCGCAAAACCGAUAAAUCACGCAAUAAUAUCUAACCUUGAAUGAUUUGAUUCAGUAUUUGCCGGCAUUUCAUUGAAAAGAUAAACUGCAACGUUUUGCUUGUUACUUGCUAUUGUUACACUUUUUUUUGUUCUAAGUAGGUAAAUUUAAGAAUAAUGUUCGAAUUUGCGUUUCUAUCGUCUGAUGCGGUAGAGGAUGUUUCAAAUCGAGCUGCAGCGGCAGCUUCUAAUGAGCAAGAAUGUGUAGAACUACAGAUCCCCGAGGACCUUCGUCAAGGCAUCGAUAUUGAACCGGAUCGAUUGCAUGUUUUCGUAGCCAGCCUGGAUACUCAAGUUGAGUAUCUAAACUGUCUGACACUGCCACAAGAAGACCUGUCAGGUCAAGUUCUAUCAGCUGAAAUGAACCACUCGGAUUUGAUUCCGGGAGUGUAUGAGGGAGGACUGAAGGUAUGGGAGUGUACUUUCGACCUAGGAGAACUCAUCGCAGAGCAGGAGAGAUACACAAAACUACUCAAAAAUGCGUCGGUGCUCGAUUUAGGAUGUGGCUCUGGAAUAUUGGGUAUACUAGCAGCUAAACUAGGUGCCGCCUCGGUGUGCUUUCAAGACUAUAAUCGAGAAGUACUAACAAAUGUUACAAUUAAAAAUUACUGUUUCAACUGUUGCAACGAGAAAAACGACAUCCAAUCCCAGGCAAAGCCGAGUUUCUAUUCGGGCGAUUGGGCCAGCUUUGGACGAAAGACGCAAGAAUUGUACGACAUAAUUCUUACCUCAGAGACGAUUUACGAUACCAGAAACUAUGGUAAAUUGAUCAAUUUGCUAAAAAGCAAAUUGAAGCGUAAUGGAGUAGUUUUGCUGGCCGCCAAGACAUACUACUUUGGCGUGGGUGGUGGGCUGCGCCAGUUCGAACAGGCCUUGGAAGCGGAUGGAAUGCUCGGACAUCGGGUUGCAUGGGAGUGUGACAAUGGCGUUCGACGUGAAAUUCUUGAGAUUCGUUGGAAUGCAGAACCGCCGGCAACAGCUGAAGCUGCAGUCGUCGAGACUGUCGAAAAAUGAUGGACUUCUUUUCAGUUUCAAACGAACUACAGUCAAAGACCAAAGAAAAAGUAACUGAUCCUAAUUUCAGUUCCAGUGUACGCGAGAGGGCAUUCCCUUUUCUCCGUUAUCACUGUGAUGAAGGACAGCAGGUCAAACACGUUUAUUUACAAAUUUUCGUUUUUAUUAAGU